AGGAGAAUGGCCGGGGGAAACCACUCAAGUGUGACCGAGUUUGUUCUCUUGGGCUUCACUAAUCUGCAGGAGCUACUCUUUGUGGUGUUUUUACUCAUCUACAUCACGACGCUGGUGGGGAACAUGGGGAUGAUUGUCCUCAUCAAGACCAACUCUCAGUUUCAUGUGCCCAUGUACUUUUUUCUCAGCCACCUCUCUUUCCUAGACAUCUGCUGUUCUUCAUCCAUCACUCCAAAGCUCCUGUUGGGCUUCCUUGCAGAGAGAAAUAUUAUUUCUUUCAAUGGCUGCAUCACACAGUUUUUCUUCUUUGCAGUAUUUGGCACCACAGAAGCCAUCCUUCUGGCUGUCAUGGCAUAUGACCGCUACAUGGCCAUCUGUGAGCCUCUGCACUACUUGGCUGCGAUGUCCCAUAGAGUCGGUGUCCAGCUGGUGGUGGGCUCCUAUGCUGCUGGGAGCCUGAAUGCUCUCGUGCACACCAGUACUCUCCUGCAACUCUCUUUCUGUGGCUCAAACCUUGUCAAUCACUUCUACUGUGAUAUCCCACCGCUCCUGCUGCUCUCAUGCUCUGACACUUGGCUCAACAAGGUGGUGAUGGCCUCAUGCAUUGGCUUCAUCAUAACAACCUCAGUCUUGGCCAUUGGCAUCUCCUACACCUGCAUCCUGUUCACCACCUGGAGCAUCCGCUCUGCGGAGGGCAGGCACAAAGCCUUCUCCACCUGCGCCUCCCACCUCAUGGCUGUUGCCCUCUUUUAUGGCUCUGCGGCUUUCUUGUAUUUCCAUUCCUUUUCCAGACAUGCAGAAGACCAAGGGAAAACAGCCUCUGUCUUCUACACUGUGGUGACCCCCAUGCUCAACCCUUUCAUCUACAGCCUGAGGAACAAGGAGGUGAGGAGCACCCUUAGGAGAGCUACGAACAAGCUCCUCUCCUCCAUAUAUUCCCACAGAUCCCAUUCUAACCAAACCAAAGCAGAUAUCACUUGCCACAAUGGAGUCAGCAGAGGAAAUAAGACUAACACCUGA